GGGGCUAGCGGCUUGGCUGCGCGAGCGCGCGCCUGGCAGAACAGAUUUGGACCUUCCUAACCGGGAAGACGCGUCCCCAGCAGGCGGGACGGGCAGACGCCCUGGGUUUUGUGGGCUGCUCCCUUCUCCACAUUUUACUUAAACGAUAAGGGAACAAAAGUGAAAUUGACAUAAUACUCUAGUAAUUUUCAGUACUAAAGGUCUCCAACAAGGGCACCUGUCCCAACCGUCUGCCGUGGACGCACUUGGGUUCAUUCGAGCGCGUCCCUAUAUUCCAGAGGAAUCAUUCCCUUCGCUGGAUCCGCUCCAGCUCAGAGCCUCGCCCCAUGCCUGAACCCUGAUUACAGAGGUCACUUGAAUAGGGGCGCCAGCCGGGUGACACGACGGGACUCAUUUUUCAAGGCGGAAGAAUACUAAAGUACCAAGAAUGACAACUUUUAUAAGAAGAGGAAAGUCCCCUCUACUUUGGACCCAUUGGGGCUUUCUUCUUUUCCCGUAAAACUUUUGCUAAGUAUUUGUGUACGAUCAGGUCACUUGCCGCCGUGCAGGUCUAGGGGGGGAAUGGCAGGCCGGUGAGGCUGGAGGGAGUGAAGGAAUCACUCGGGACCCUAGCCUCCGAGGGGCUCGGCCGCUUCCGGUCCCUCGGAGGAGGGGCGCUGGGGUAUGCAGCCUCUCCCAGUGGAGGGAUUUGGUUCGCUGCCUCUCUGGAGCUGGGUUAGGCUCCCUGAUGUUCAUCUCAAAAUUCUGGCUCCCCACGCUCCCCCCCACCCCAGCCCUAGUUCUUCGACAGCCGCGUGGCUGAGUCACGGGCGGGGCCGAGCUGGGGCACGUGGCGGUCUGCGCCCGCCAUCCCUUGACCUCUGAUCUGCGCGCCUCCCGCCCGGGGGUGAAAAAAUCCUGCCGGGAGUGGCAAGAGAUAAGAGGGGAGGGGCGGGACGGGGACGCGACGGCAGGUGGGGACCCUAGGGUGGAGGCAAGAAGGGCCACCCCGAGGGUAGGGCGGAGGGGAAGGAGCGCUCGAGAGCCUGCCGCUGCCCAUGGCCAUGCAAAAAAUCUUUGCCCGAGAAAUCCUGGACUCCAGGGGCAACCCCACAGUGGAGGUGGACCUGCACACAGCCAAGGGUCGAUUCCGAGCGGCUGUGCCAAGCGGAGCUUCCACGGGUAUCUAUGAAGCACUGGAGCUACGAGAUGGAGACAAAUCACGAUACCUGGGGAAAGGAGUGCUGAAGGCUGUGGAGCACAUCAACAAGACUCUCGGUCCUGCUCUGCUGGAAAAGAAACUAAGUGUUGUGGAUCAAGAAAAAGUUGACAAAUUUAUGAUUGAGCUGGACGGAACAGAGAAUAAGUCCAAGUUUGGGGCCAAUGCCAUCCUGGGUGUGUCCCUGGCUGUUUGUAAAGCUGGAGCAGCUGAGAAAGGGGUCCCUCUCUACCGACACAUCGCAGAUCUCGCAGGGAAUCCCGACCUUGUACUUCCCGUGCCUGCCUUCAAUGUGAUCAACGGGGGCUCUCAUGCUGGAAACAAGUUGGCCAUGCAGGAGUUCAUGAUUCUGCCAGUGGGAGCCAGCUCUUUCAAGGAAGCCAUGCGCAUUGGCGCUGAGGUCUACCACCACCUCAAGGGGGUCAUCAAAGCCAAGUAUGGGAAGGAUGCCACCAAUGUGGGGGACGAGGGUGGCUUUGCACCCAACAUCCUGGAGAACAAUGAGGCCCUGGAACUACUAAAGACAGCCAUUCAGGCAGCUGGUUACCCAGACAAGGUGGUGAUUGGCAUGGAUGUGGCAGCAUCUGAAUUCUAUCGCAAUGGGAAGUAUGAUCUGGACUUCAAGUCACCUGAUGAUCCUGCGAGGCACAUCAGUGGGGAGAAGCUUGGGGAGCUGUACAAGUCCUUUAUCAAGAACUAUCCCGUGGUCUCCAUUGAAGACCCCUUUGACCAGGAUGACUGGGCAACAUGGACCUCAUUCCUCUCUGGGGUGGACAUCCAGAUUGUGGGAGAUGACCUGACAGUCACCAACCCCAAGAGGAUUGCUCAGGCUGUUGAGAAGAAGGCCUGCAAUUGCCUGCUGCUGAAGGUCAACCAGAUCGGCUCUGUGACAGAAUCCAUCCAGGCCUGUAAACUGGCACAGUCUAAUGGCUGGGGAGUGAUGGUGAGCCACCGCUCUGGGGAGACCGAAGACACUUUCAUUGCUGACCUUGUGGUGGGACUCUGCACAGGACAGAUCAAGACUGGUGCUCCCUGCCGUUCAGAGCGUCUGGCAAAAUACAACCAGCUUAUGAGGAUUGAGGAGGCUCUCGGAGACAAAGCUGUCUUUGCUGGACGAAAGUUCCGUAAUCCAAAGGCCAAAUGAGAAGCUGGAGAUUCCAGGAUUCCACAGGACAGACACAGGCCUUCAAGCCCUUCUCCCAGAAAUAAACACUGCCAAACAAGA